AUGUCUGAAGUUACCCCAAUUGCCGUCAUCGGCAUGGGAUGCAGACUCCCCGGAGGAGCCAGCAGCCCUGAGAAACUGUGGGAAAUGCUCGCAGAAGGUCGCAGUGGAUGGGGUGAGGUUCCUGCAGAACGUUGGAACUGGAAAUCGUUUUACCAUCCACACAAUGAAGCAAAAGAAGCCCUCAACUCGAAGAGUGGCUAUUUCCUCGAGCAAGAUAUUGGUGCUUUCGACGCCAAGUUCUUCAAUAUCGCGGCUUAUGAAGCUCAUGCAAUGGAUCCGCAACAGCGCAUUCUGCUCGAAACAACAUAUGAGGCACUGGAGAAUGCUGGCGUUCCGUUGGAGAGCCUCAAGGGCUCAAAUACUUGCGUAUAUGUUGGACUAUACGCCCGAGACUAUGACCGCAUGGGCUUCAAGGAUCUCCCACAAAUCACAAAAUUGCACAUCACUGGAACAGGCGAGGCGGUCGUCUCAAACCGCAUUUCGUACUUGUUUGAUCUCAAGGGCGCUUCCGCCACAAUUGACACAGGAUGCUCCGGAAGUAUGGUAGCACUUCACCAAGCUUGCCAGAAUCUCCGGACCAGAGAAUCAAACAUGGCAAUCGUGGGAGGAACUCAGCUUCUUCUUCACCCAGACCAGGCCAUUGCCAUGAGUACAGUGGGAAUGGUCAACCCACACGGUCGAUGCUUUGUUUUUGACAGUCGUGGCUCCGGUUAUGCUAGAGGCGAAGGCGUUGGUACGAUAGUACUCAAGCGCCUAGACGACGCUGUUGCCGCCGGAGACCCCAUUCACGCUGUCAUCCGCAAUUCAGGACUCAAUCAAGACGGCAAGACGGCAGGCAUUUCAUUGCCCAACCCUGAUGCUCAAGCUGCUCUUAUGAAAUUGGUAUACUCGUCAGCUGGCGUGGACCCCCGUAGCACAGUCUAUGUGGAAGCUCAUGGUACCGGAACCCAAGCAGGUGAUAAUGCCGAAAUUUCCUCCAUCAACCAAGUUUUCUGUGAGGAUACCGAGCGACAAUCAGAUAUCUAUGUCGGAUCAGUCAAAUCCAACAUCGGACAUUUGGAAGCUUCCAGUGGCAUUGCCGGAUUAAUCAAGGGUAUCAUGAUCAUCAAAAAAGGAAUGAUUCCUCCCAAUAUUGACCUCGAAACACCAAAGCCGAGUCUCAAGCUUGACGAGCGUAAAAUCAAGAUUCCCUUGGAGUUGACUCCACUGCCUCAGCCUGAACAACCAGGCCCAGGUCGAGUCUCAUUAAACAGCUUCGGGUACGGUGGAACGAACGCCCAUGUGAUUCUUGAACCAGCACCAAAACGAAAUCAUGAAGCAUCUGAACAUAAGAAGACGAACGGCACCUUCUCAGCUCACCUGCAGGAAGAGCCCCAGACGAACGGCAUAUCCAAUGAAGACAAGCAGGCCUCCGAGCCAAACGGCAUUUCGGAGCAGCACAGCAGUGCAUCAAGCCCUCCGCCGGACCCUCAACUGUUCGUGCUGAGCGCGACUUCCGAAAAGUCUCUACUUGAAGCUGCCAAGAACGUACAAGACUGGAUUCGGGAGAAGAACGCUGAUGAGGAAACUCUUCUCGAUCUUGCCUACACUCUGAACGCGCGACGGUCACUUUUACCGCUUCGCUUUAGCGUGGUAGCCUCUACCUCCGAUGAACUGGUUUCAGCCCUCGAGCCAAAGAAUGUUCGUAUUUCAAAGCUUCCUCACUCUGUGUCGGUGGCGUUCGUCUUCACUGGACAAGGUGCGCAAUGGUUCGCCAUGGGUCGAGAGCUCAUCAAUUCAGAAUCCGUCUUCAAGGACUCCAUUGUUCGAUCGGACGAAUUGAUUCAGUCCUAUGGAGCCCAGUGGAGCCUAGUCGACGAGCUCUCCAAGGAUGAAGAAACGACUCGAGUAAGCGACAGCGAGCUCUCUCAGCCGCUGACGACCGCGAUUCAAGUUGCAAUGGUUGAUUUGCUUACGGCCUUCGGAGUUCUCCCUCAGUAUGUCUGCGGUCACAGCUCCGGAGAGAUCGGCGCAGCCUAUGCGGCUGGUGCUUUGACCCACGAAGCCGCAAUCGAAAUCGCUUACCGCCGAGGACUGUGUUCAACCGCAGCCAAGAAAGCCAACUCUGUGAAAGGAUCCAUGCUGGCUGUUGGCCUAGGAGAGAGUGAUGUUCUACCAUUCAUUCGACAAGUGAAGAAUGGCCUAGUUACUGUGGCUUGUGUAAACAGCCCUAGCAGUACAACGAUCUCCGGGGACGAGCCCGGGAUCGACGAAUUGAGCGAAAUCUUGAACGCCCAAUCCGCGUUCAACAGAAAGCUCAAGGUGGACACCGCAUAUCACUCUCAUCACAUGAAAAAGAUCGCCGAUCGGUACCUUGAGUCUCUGAAGCAUAUCGGCACCGGAACUCCGCAGAAUGGUGCGACCUUUUAUUCUUCCGUGACAGGAAGAAAGAAGGUCACCGAUUUCGGUCCUUCUUACUGGACGGAGAACCUUGUUUCAAAAGUGCGAUUCAAUGAUGCUCUUCAGCUGCUAGCUGAGGACAUGGCUCGUUCGAAGUCGUCGAGCAACGUGGCUAAUUUCUUCGCUGAAAUCGGCCCCCACGGCGCUUUGUCAGGCCCUAUCCGACAAAUCAUGGCCAAGUUGAGCGUGAAGUCCUUCAAAUUUACUUACGGCUCAGCCCUUGUUCGCGGCAAGCAUGCCCUUCACUCUGUUCUCGAAUUGGUGGGAAAGCUGUUCGAGGCAGGCUGCGGUGUACAAUUUGAACAGAUCUUGUCUCUGAAGGGAGCUAAACGAUGGACGGCUAUUGGAGACCUGAGCCCGUAUCCAUGGGACCACUCACUAUCAUACUGGCACGAGUCACGGCUCAGUCGUGAUCAUCGAUUGCGGCAAUUCCCUUACCAUGACUUGCUGGGCUUGUUAGAUGUAGCAAGCACGAUUCACGAGCCGCGAUGGCGCUACCAUCUCAAUGUCGACACUCUGCCUUGGCUGAAGCACCAUGUUGUUGAUGACUUCAUUAUCUUCCCCGGAACGGGCUACCUCUGUAUGGCGAUCGAGGCAAUGAAGCAGAUUGUUCAGCUUCGAAAGACAUCAGGGCGGAUAUCGAAAUUCCACUUGAAGAACGUGAUCCUCUCCAAGCCCAUCAUGGUUCCUGAUCAGAGACCCGACAGUUUCAUCCCCGACGUCGAAGUGCAGCUGACUUUGAGUCGCGUGAAGACCAGUGAUGGCAGUCGGUGGGAGGCUUUCAGAGUCUUCUCCUAUUCUGCGGAAGGCUCUGGGUCUUGGAACGAGCACUGCUCUGGACAAAUUGCGGUGGAGAUGGAUUCCAAGAUUGACGAGGUCGAAGGCUCGCGCGAGCAGGAGUAUCUGGUUUCUUCUUUCGAGCGCAAAUUCCAAGAAAUCAGAGAAGCUUCUCACUUCGAUGAGAAAAUCACCCCAGAGAACUUCUACAGGUCUCUUCGCGAGUCGGGCAAUGACUUUGGCCCAACAUUCACUUGCAUGACUGAGAUGCAGCUCGGCAAUCACCAAGGUUGGGCGAAGGUAGCUGUUCCUGAUGUCGUUUCGUGCAUGCCUCGUCAAUUCAUGCAACCUCACGUCAUCCAUCCUUCCCUUUUCGAUGCCUUGAACCAUCUUGCUGUGGUGCUCUUCAAGAAAGAAUGUAGCAAUGCGCCACUCAUGGCGACCUUCUUUGGUGAUAUCGUGGUCUCUUCGGAUAUUACAUCCACUCCGGCGGACGAAUUGCUUGUUGCUCUGGAGAUUAAUCCUGAGGGGACACGCUCGGCCUCGGGAAACACAUACGCCUUCCAACAGAAUGCUGACGGAGAACGUUCUCUUGUGAUGCACGUUCAAGACUGGCAGUUGAAAGCCAUUGGAGAAGCACAAACUAGCAGCGAAGAGACCCCCUUCCAUCGAAAGAUGAAUUAUCGAAUGGAGUGGCAGCCUGACGCAGCAUUCAUUAGCUCAGGCCAGCUUCAGGACGCGAGAACCUCAAUCACAAGCACAUCAAUUCAGAAGCCGGCUCUGGAAUCCGUUUCUGUCUCGGAGCAUCACAAGAUUACCGAGAAAUUGACCUUUGAGCAAAUCGUCGCUUUGAACGAGCGUGCAGCAGCGCUCUACAUUCGAGACGCUUUGGCCCAGAUGUCGGAACAGACAGUGCCUCCGAACGCAACACACCUGCAUAGGCUACUCGAGUGGAUGCAGAGCUCAAGCUAUUCGGAUGUUCGGAGGUCGAUGCUAGCUGCGUUGACUCCUGCCGAGGAAGAACUUGUACUCCAAAGGUCAAUUGCCUCCGGCGUUGAGGGCCUGCUUCUUUCACGAAUCGGCCUUCAUCUAGGCUCUGUCUUGACUGGAGAAACUGAUGCUGCCGAGCUAAUUCAAAAAGACGAUCUUCUGUCGCGAUAUUAUGUUGAGGAUUUGUUCUCACUUUGCCACCAGGAUAUGGUCAAUUACAUAAAGUCGGUUGUAUUUAAGAGGCCUCACAUGAAGGUCCUCUUCCUUGGAGCCGGCAUUGAACAAUGCACGGCCACACUAUUGCGCGCAAUCGACAGGCCAGAAGGUCUCAUGGUCGAUCGAUUUGAUCUUGCGGAUCGUUCAGCGGACGCAUUAGAGCGUGCGAAGCCCCAUUUCCAGAAAUGGAACCAUGCGAUGGACUUCAAAACUUUGGAUCUCGAUGCAGAUCUCAAAGAUCAAGGAUUUGAUUAUGAAGUCUACGACAUGAUUGUCGCAACCUGUUCUCUUCACACUGUCAAAAAUGUCGAUGCUUCUUUGAAGCGACUGCGACAACUGGCAAAGCCAGGUGGUAAGUUGGUGAUGGUCGAGUUAGUCCGACCACCUGCCCUGUCGACUGAAUUGAUAUUUGGAGUCUCGCCUGGUUGGUGGGCGGCGGAAGACGAUCGUAAAAACUCUCCUCUGCUUUCCGAGUCUGAGUGGCACAGUCGCCUCUUGGAAAGCUCCUUCAGCGGAGGAGAUAUUAUGAACAGCGAGAACGAAGGUCCAAAGUCGCGAUCUGUUAUGAUCGUUUCCACUGCCGUGGACCAGAAAGAGGUCACUAAAGCCAAGCAUACUGGCACUGUUCAAGUUCUCUCUCUCCGUGCUUGGUCUACUGCAUUCACACAAUUGGCCAACGAUAUGACAUCAGACCUUCGGGGAAGAGGUCACAGCUGUGCAAUUAGCUCUUUCGAUCCUCGUUCCAUCCAGCAGGAUAUCACGUAUAUCAUCCUUGAUGAUGUGGACAACGCUCUGUUAUUUGAUCCAUCAGUCGAAGAAUUUGAAAAUCUGAAGAGCCUCUUCAUCAACUGCAAGUCUCUGCUGUGGGUCAGCGGACAAGAGAAGGUUGACCAAAUUCACAGCGCCGCGAGGGGACUUAUUAAUGGUAUGGCACGCGUGGCGCGCCGUGAGAACGAAGGUGUCAAGUUUAUUACAAUCGACGUUCGGGAAGACAUUGAGAACUGUGGCCCAGAUCUUGUCAAGCAGAUGGUGGAUAUUGCGGAAAGCUCAUUCUGGCCUGAGUCUGAAUCCACCCGUUCUCAAGAACACGAAUUGGCCAUCGUUGAUGGCAAGGUCAUGAUUCCUCGAAUUCAACCAGACACCAAGUUCAAUGAUUGGAUUGAUCGAGCGGUCGGCGAGGACAGAGUUGACACUCUCCCCUAUCAGCAGCAAGAUCGUGCGCUGAAGCUGCACGUAGAGACGCCAGGUCUACUGAGCAGUCUUCGUUUCGUUGAAGAUGAUACCAUAUCAUCGGCCCUUCGCGAUGACGAGAUCGAGGUCGAGGCGCGGGCAUACGGCGUCAACUUCAAGGACGUCUUCAUUGCGCUCGGCCAAAUGCUUCCGGGAGUGAACAUGAUUGGAGAGGUGGCUGGUAUUGUGACAGCCGUUGGUGCAGGCAUGGAAGGUCGAUACAAGGUCGGUGACAGAGUGGCCGGAGUUGGGGCCCAGCCGUUCACCAGCAGAGCUAGAGUCAAGGGACUCAUGUCUUGUCGACUUCCCGACUCCAUCAGCUUCAACGUCGGCGCAUCGAUUCCCAUCAUCUAUAUGACGGCUUAUCACUGUAUUGUGGAGGUUGCUCGUCUGCGAAAAGGACAAACCAUUUUGAUUCAUGCGGCAUCUGGCGGUGUCGGUCAAGCUGCUAUCCAGUUUGCUCAGAACAUCGGAGCGGAAAUCUUCGCUACCGUUGGCAGUGCAACGAAGCGCCAGCUCCUCGUUGACACAUACAAGAUUCCCGAAGAUCACAUCUUCUCAACACGAUCCAGGACCUUCAAAAGCGGUGUUCUGCGUCUUACAAACGACAAGGGCGUCGACGUCGUGUUGAACUCGCUUUCAGGAGAAUGGCUCAACGACUCCUGGGAAUGUCUUGCUCGCCUUGGAACAUUUGUCGAAAUUGGCAAGACUGACAUUUACAAGAGAAACCACCUCAGCAUGGCCCCCUUCGACCGAAGCAUCACUUUUGCAGCUGUCGACUUGGUGGUUCUGUUCGAGAACCAGAUUGAGCGAAUGAAUGAGGAGUUCAACACCGUUAUCAACUUGUUCGAAUCCGGCGAGUUGGUUCCUGUCGCUCCAGUCACCUCCAUACCAAUCUCGAAUAUUGAGGAAGCUUUCCGCUUGAUCGCUUCACGAAAACAUACUGGAAAGGUCGUCAUCGAGAUUCAACCAGACGCUGUUGUGAAAGCGGUUGUCGCCAAGCCCGAGCCUCUGCAGUUGAAUUCUGCUGGAUCGUAUGUCGUAGCAGGUGGUCUCGGUGAUCUCGGCAAGCGGAUCUGUCGAUUGCUGGCAGCGCAUGGUGCAAAGCACGUUGUCACUCUGUCUCGGCGAGUUCUGUCCGAUGAAGAUCGAGAGGCAUUCGAGUCUGAGCUUGCUCAGUUGGGAGCACAGCUUCACAUCGUCAAGUGCGAUGUCAUUGAUCAAGCAUCCAUGAAAGACGCUGCAGAACUCUGUAGAAAGAGUCUCCCGGCAGUUAAGGGAAUUAUUCAUGCAGGAAUGGUGCUCAGGGAUCACCCAAUCGAGUUGAUGACGCCAGAAGACUACCUUACCGCAACUAAGCCCAAAACUCAAGGUACUUUGAACUUGCAUUCAAGCUUUGAGGGUGCUGAACUGGAUUUCUUCAUCAUGCUUUCAUCCAUCACUUCUAUCGUUGGCAAGACUGGCCAAGCCAAUUACUCAGCUGGGAACGCCUUCCAGGACUACUUCGCCCACGCUAACGCAGGAACAUCUCGAACCCGGUACAUCUCUCUCAAUCUGGGUGCAAUUGACGGAUCAGAUGCAAUUGCUUCGUUGCCGAUUCGCCAGCAGGAGCUGAUGCGGCAAGGUGCAAUUCUGGUCAAAUUUGAGGAGCUCUUCAAGGUCCUCGAGUAUGCCAUGGGCCCUCAAGCCUCCUUAGACGGCUGCACACAGUCCAUUAUGGGCUUCGACCGAGACUCCAUGGAGACAGUCCAGGACACUUUCGGACUGAACAACCCAAUGUUCAGUCAAGUUCCUUAUCUAUCGGACGGCACGUCGUCCGGCGAUGCCUCAUCAGCAAAGGUGGAUACAGAAAAGGCUAUUCGGACUGCCUCGACUAUUGCGGAAGCUCAAGAGAUCAUAACACAUGCAAUCGCGGAGAAAUUCGCUCUUUUCAUGGACCGGGCAAUGGAAGACGUCAACCUCGACCAACCGCUAGCCGCCUUUGGACUUGACUCGCUGGUUUCAAUCGAGUUGAAGAAUUGGAUGGUCCGCACCUUCCAGGUCAGUCUGCAAACAUCCGAGAUUGCAGAUGCUACAAGUGUUGUUGCUCUGGCAAAGUCUAUCGCAUCGCGAUCGAAGCUUGUCAGCGAUGAGUUGCGCGGAACCACUGCAGCUCCGCAAGGAGAUGAGGAAGCGGCCAUGCCACAGGCCGCCGUGGAAGAAAGUACUUGCCCCAAUCACGGCUUUGAAUGUUGUCGAUACGCAAAGGAUCUUCCCAAGCAACCGCUGAUGGAUCUUGAUGAGGCUCUCAAUAUGAUCCUCGACGGCACACGUCACUUUGCCACUGAGGAAGAAUAUCAAACACUCUGUGAAGCGGUCAAGCAGUUUGGCCGCGAUGAUAGUACCGGGCGUCACCUGUACGAUCAGCUCGUACGCAAGUCGCAGGAUCCCAAUGUGGACAACUGGAUGGCCGAUAUCCUUACGGAUGCUUUGUUCCUCAAGAGACGCUUCCCGCUGGCGCCUCUUCAAAGCUUCUUUGCCACACAUCAUGACAGUGCCGUUCCACAUCCCCAGGCAGAUAGGGCUGCUUUGAUCGCUACAACUGCCUUCCGCUUCAAGGAAGCUGUGGAUGCAGGCAACCUCGAGGCCCACUGGUGGUUCAAUAUCCCGUCUUGCAUGGAUUCAUGGCAGUGGCUCUUCAACACUACUCGUGAGCCUCACGUUGAAGCUGAUUGCAUGAGAAAGUAUCCCGGCAACGACUACUGCGUGGUACUGCGUCGAGGCCACAUCUUCAAAGUCAAUUUAAAGGAUGGCUCCGAAGCAGCUUCGUACUCCAUGAUUCAAACCCAGUUCGAGGCCAUUCUGAGCAGCGUUCAGGACGAAGGAUUCUGGACUGGAAUUCUCACCAACGACGAUCGUGAUGGAUGGGCCAUUUAUCGCGAGAAGCUUAUCGCUCAAAGCGCGGAAAAUGCCGAAAGCAUUCAAGUCAUCGAAAAGGCGCUGUUUGUCAUGUGCCUUGACGAUGGCGCACCAACCACUAACUCCGAGCGGAUUCGACAGGCGUAUCUCGGCAACGGGUUCAACCGAUGGAACGACAAAGGUCUCCAAUUCACAGUUUUCGAGAACGGUUCCUCGGGAUAUCAGGUGGAGCAUUCGAUGAUUGAUGGUUUGACCGUGCACCGUAUGAAUGAAUGGAUCCAUGAGGCCAUUCACGCCCAUGUCCCAAGCAAUGCCACCAACGGACACGGACACGCACAGGAAGGAAUCAACGGCACCAACGGCGUUUCCAAUGGCUCUCAGCCGGUUCUGGAAGAGUACGCCCUCUCAACCAGCCCCGAAAUUGAUGAGCACAUUCUUGUUGUGCGAGAACAGCACCUUCAGACCACGUCUAGUCGCGAAUAUGGCUACAAAGUAUUGCCACACUUUGGUAAAAACUUCCUCGCGGAGCAUGGAUGUCCGAUCAAAUCUGUCUUUGAUGUGACCAUUCAACUCGCCAGCAAGCUCUACUUUGGCUAUAACCCUGCCUCUUGGGAACCCAUGUCCAUGGCACACUUCCACAAAGGACGCACCGAAAUUUUCCAGGGUGUGCUACCGUCCGUGGCUGAGUUCUGUGAGUCCGCGCGCGAUGAAGCGAUGCCCGCCACACAGCGACGCGACAUGCUCAUACGCGCCGCGAACGAUUACAUUGCUGGCCUGCAGAGGUCCGGCAAGGGUGACAAUUACUUCCGCCUAAUGAAUGUGUUAGAGACCAUGUGGCCAAGCGACGAGGAAGUCGCCCCAUUGUUCAAAGAUCCUGUCUGGCUAAGGACCUAUCCUCAGUUGAUCAUGUCUGGAUUGACUGAUGGAGGAUCUCUUGACUCGGCGUUCUCUUUGAUCGACCCGGAAGGUGUAUGGAUUUGCUACUCGAUCGAAGAGCAAGAAGCACGUUUCUCGAUCGUGGGUCCUACCGGCAAGGUUUCUGAGUUUGAGAAGGUCCUUGAUGAGGCCACCAUGGUGGUGAAGAAGCUGGUCGAGUCGAGCUAG